AUGAAGAGAGGUUUUCUCAACAGUUCCAAGGCAAAGGCGAAGCUGGCGCUCCCUGAACCGCUAUCUGCGAAGGAAGAGACGCCAAAAUCAAACAAAGAGAGUCCACUUGGAACAUUGCCGUUUGGAAAAGUUAAAGACGCUGGAAUCCCGGAUGACUAUGACGGCAGCUCGAAAUUCCAGUGCAACGAGAGCCAUGGGCGCAGGACCGACUACGGCCCAAACGAAGUUGUCUAUACGACCAUCCCGUCGCAAGAUAUGAGCAAACCUGCCGACCCCGACGGGCACAGCGAAUGUGUCAUAUCCGGCCUCAUCAAGGCGAAGAUCUUCAACACGCCCGGAUAUCCGUGCGCCAUCCCGAAGCCCCGUCGCCCCAACAUGUGCGUGAUCAAGCCGGUCGCGGAUAUGGGUCUUGGCGUUUUCGCAACGUGCGACAUCAAAGUCGGCGAGCUCAUCUUCUCAGAACGCCCUCUCCUCGUCACACGGCGGGCGAUGGCAGCCCCAACCGCGCAUAUACCGAGGGGUUGCUCGCCAGAGAAGGUCAAGCAAAUCCUCAUGUUCGAGAUCGAGAAAGGACUUCAAUAUGCGGCCAGCCGUAUGAGCGAUGAGCGGCGUACUGCAUUGAUGGCGCUUGCCAACUCACACAAGGAGGAUGGGAGUGGUCCGAUCCUAGGCAUCAUCCGAACGAACGGCUUUUCGAUUGCCAGCAAGUUGGGCGAUGGACCCGCUCCGGCUCCCGGUCAGAUUUAUCCUCCGGAACGCGCCUACGGUGCUGUUUGCGACCUGGGAUCUCGCAUUAAUCACAGCUGCAUGCCGAAUGUCAUGUCCUCUUUCGCGCUCUCGUCCUUCUCGAUGCAAUUCACGGCGCUUCGGGAGAUCAAGGCAGGCGAGCAGCUGUUCUAUUGCUACGGUGGGAUGUUCCAGAGCGCCGCGGACAGGCAGAAGGAGCUUGCUCCAUACGGCUUCGAGUGCAAGUGCGCUGCCUGCGUCAACGCGACACCGGCCAGGGACAAGCUGCGUAUCGAAUUUGAAGAUAGGGUCACCUUUCUUGUCCGCGAAGGUAUUCGAAACACCAGCGAUCGCAACUUCCUGAACCGGAUGCUUCAGUACGAGAAAGAGGUGGUCGCGGAAGGGCUCGACUCACAGAGGAUCUAUCGUUUUAUGGUCGCACUCAUCGGCACUAUGCAGACCACGUUGGGAAUGCAUCGAGAGGCUAAGCGCUACCUGGAGCUGGAAAAGGCUUGGAAAGAGAUCGUAAAACAAUUGUAG